UUUGGGGAGCCCGCAGGGCAGGCCAUGCCUGACACUGGGAAGCGCACCUUCCCCAAAGCGCCAAAGCCGGGGCCCCAAGGUCAGGAAGCUCCAGAAGCCCCAGGAGGGGCGGGCUCCCGUGGUGGAGGCGGGGAGAGGGAAGGCCCCGACCAAGCACCCACCCCUCUCGGCUCCAAACCCGGAAGCGCUGGGGGGGUAGAAGAACGGAGGUGGCACUGAAGCCAGAUCUUAGAAAAGGGCUGUUGUGGACACCUGGCUGAAAAAUGCUAAAGUCUCCGUCACUCCCGGGCUCUGCUCCCAGGAUGAUGGUGCCAUCGCUGAAGCUUCCUGACCUAAUUCAAGAGAUUCGCGGGGCCAAGACCCAGGCCCAGGAGCGGGAGGUGAUCCAAAAGGAGUGUGCUUACAUCCGGGCCUCCUUCCGCGAUGGGGACCCCUUGCAGAGGCAUCGCCAGCUGGCCAAACUGCUCUAUGUCCACAUGUUGGGCUACCCCGCCCACUUUGGACAGAUGGAGUGCCUGAAACUGAUCGCCUCCCCCAGAUUCACAGACAAGAGGGUGGGCUACCUAGGGGCCAUGCUUCUAUUGGAUGAGAGGCACGAUGCCCACCUGCUCAUUACCAACAGCAUCAAGAAUGAUCUGAGCCAGGGCAGUCAGCCUGUUCGAGGCCUGGCCCUGUGCACUCUGAGCACCAUGGGUUCUGCUGAGAUGUGCCGGAACCUGGCCACAGAGGUGGAGAGGCUGCUUCUGCAGGAGUCCAGUUCCUAUGUGCUCAAGAAGGCUAUUCUGACUGCAGUGCACAUGAUCCGGAAAGACCCCGAGCUUGCCAGCAUCUUCCUCCCACCUUGUUCUAAACUGCUCCAUGAGUGCCAUCAUGGCAUCCUGUUGGGCACCAUCACACUGAUCAUGGAACUCUGCGAACGAAGCCCUGUGGCCCUCAGGCACUUUCGAAAGGUAGUACCCCAACUGGUACAGAUCCUCCGGACUCUAGUGACAACAGGAUGCUCUACAGAGCACAGCAUCUCUGGAGUCAGUGACCCUUUCUUGCAGGUCAAGAUACUUCAUCUUCUUCGGAUCCUGGGACGUAACCAUGAAGAAAGCAGUGAGACCAUGAAUGACUUGCUGGCCCAGGUAGCCACCAACACAGACACCAGCAGAAACGCAGGCAACGCGGUCCUGUUUGAGACUGUGCUUACCAUCAUGGACAUCCACUCUGCAGCUGGCCUACGGGUUCUAGCUGUCAACAUUCUUGGCCGCUUCUUACUCAACAAUGACAAGAAUAUUAGGUAUGUGGCCCUGACAUCGCUGCUGCGGCUGGUGCAAUCCGAUCACAGUGCUGUGCAGCGUCACCGACCCACUGUAGUAGAAUGUUUGCAGGACACUGAUGCCUCUCUCAGCCGGCGGGCCCUGGAACUGAGCUUGACUUUGGUGAAUAGCUCCAACGUGCGAACCAUGACACAAGAGCUACAGACCUUUCUGGAGACCUGCCCCAUUGACCUACGGGCUGAUUGUGCCUCAGGCAUCUUGUUGGCUGCAGAGAGGUUUGCUCCAACCAAGAGGUGGCACAUAGAUACCAUCCUGCAUGUGCUGACCACGGCAGGUGCCCAUGUGCAAGAUGAUGCAGUGGCCAAUCUGACCCAGCUGAUUGGCGGAGCCCAGGAGCUACACGCCUACUCUGUGCGCCGCCUCUACACUGCCUUGGCAAAGGACAUCUCCCAGCAACCAUUUGUUCAGGUAGCGGCCUGGUGCAUUGGGGAGUACGGGGACCUCUUGCUGGAGGGGAGCUGUGAGGAAACUGAGCCUCCUCAGGUGGAAGAGGAGGAGGUAUUAGCAUUACUGGAAAAGGUACUACAGUCCCAUAUGUCCCUGCCCGCUACCCGAGGAUAUGCUAUCACAGCUCUCAUGAAACUCAGCACUCGGUUCCAGGACAACAAUCGCAUCCGCCAGGUGGUGUCCAUCUAUGGGAGCUGUGUGGAUGUAGAGCUGCAGCAGCGGGCUGUGGAAUAUAGUACACUGUUUCGGAAGUACGACCAUAUGAGGGCUGCUAUCCUUGAAAAGAUGCCUCUUGUGGAGCGAGGUGGCCCUCAAGUUGAUGAGGAAGCAAAGGAAAGCAAAGAAGUACCCCAGCUUUUGGAAGCAACAGUCCCUGACACUGCAGAGCCUCAGGCCACAAAGCUCUUGGAUCUGUUAGAUCUUCUGGAUGGCAUGUCUAGAGAUUCUCAGCAUCCUGUCUCUCUGGAUUCCACCCCAGGGAAUGCCUUAGUACACCCCCUUGACCUUCCCUGUGCAACUCCUCCCCCAGCUUCCAUCCCCAAUCUCAAAGUGUUUGAGCGCGAGGGAGUACAGCUAAAUCUGUCUUUCACCCGGCCCCCUGGAGCCCCUGCAUUGCUUUUAGUCACUGUCACUACCACCAACUCCUCAGGGGGUGACGUGACCCACUUCAUCUGCCAGGCAGCUGUGCCAAAGAGUUUCCAGCUGCAGCUACAGGCCCCCAGCGGGGACACAGUUCCAGCUCAGGGUGACCUUCCUAUCACCCAGAUCUUCAGAAUCCUCAAUCCUAACAAGGCACCUUUGCGGCUAAAGUUGCGCCUCACCUACAACCACUUUGGUCAGGAGGUUCAGGAGAUCUUUGAGGUGAACAACUUGCCUGUGGAGACAUGGCAGUAACUCCAUUUGAAAUCCUCCAGCCCCUCACAGCUGAAACUUACCCCUAAGGGCUACCAGCAGGUGGCACUCUUGCUCUACAUUUGCCACUCCGAAGUGUGGGCGCUUUCCUCUUCCCUUACAAAUAAUGAAAGCCCAAUAAAGUCUGAAGAGGGCAAAAAGGCAUAUUUUGACAUAUUUGAGGUAGAAAAAUGUAUAUGAAUAACAAGGGAAGAGCCUUCUCACAAGGAAAUAUGCCUCUCCCCCAAAACAUGUCU